AUGGACCAAUUUAAUCAACAGGACCAUCUCGUAUCACCAAAAAAGCCAAAUCCAAAAGGAAAGUUUGUGUCUUCUCGGCAAAGGACAAUGAUCAUCAACGCCUACAAAAGUAAAUUAGAGGCAAAUCCCGAAAUUUCGUUAAGACAGGUACGGACACUUCUUUCUAAAGAAUUAGGCAUUGGUAUUACGACGAUCUCUAACACGAUUACAGAAUAUCGCAAUUCCAAAACAGUUUCAUCACCUAAUCGGAAAAAAAUUUUUAAAAACGUGACUGAUAAGGUUGACGAUUUUGACAAAGAAGCGAUACGAAGAAAAGUGCAUCAGUUUUGGGUGAAUCGUGAGUUGCCAAAUUUAAAAAAAAUUUUAAAUGUUGUGACAAACGAUGACACUUUACCGAAAUUUUCAAAUACUACACUUUGGCGUCUUUUAAAAUCAAUGGGUUUCCGUUUUACAAAAAGAGGACGCAACAGUGCAUUGAUUGAAAAUAACGAAAUUCGUGCAUGGCGUAGACGGUAUAUCAGGGAUAUAAGGCAAUAUCGAGAGGAAGGUCGUCCGAUAUACUACAUCGACGAAACGUGGGUGAACGCCGGAGAUGUACCAAUAAGAGUGUGGAAUGAUACGACGGUCACAUCGAGCCGAGCUGCAUUUUCACAGGGUCUAACUACAGGAGCAGUUAACCCCACCGGAAAGGGAAAGCGGCUGAUAGUGUGUCACAUCGGCUCCGAAGAUGGAUUUGUUCCAGAUUCAUUAUUAUGCUUUGAGUCGAAGAAAAAUACCAACGACUAUCACGAUGAAAUGAAUGGCGAUACUUUCCGUGAUUGGUUUGAAGGUGUUUUACCGAGGCUUAAGGAUAAUGCGGUGAUAGUUAUGGACAACGCGCCGUACCACUCAGUGAAGUUGGAGAAAAUCCCGACAACAGCCUGGAAAAAGGCUGAUAUUAUUGGAUGGCUGCAGAGCAAGGGAGAAGUUUUUCCAAAUAAUAUGAUAAUACCGGAGCUUUUGGAUAUUGUCAAAAGAAUAAAACCUAUUUAUUCAAAAUACGCCAUUGACGAGUUGGCUUUACAGCACAACAAAACUGUGUUAAGGUUACCGCCUUACCAUUGCGAACUCAACCCCAUUGAGAUAGCUUGGUCUAUUGUAAAACGUCACGUGAAAACAAACAACAAGUCAUUCAAAUUGUUUGACGUAAAAAAUCUUUUGGUUGAAGGCAUAGACAAGGUUGACGCUGAAAUGUGGAAGAACUUCAUAAGUCACACAAUAGAUGAAGAAAAUAAGUUUUGGAGCAUCGAUGACACAGUGGACGAAUUGACGGCUGAGCACACAACAUUAGUUGCAACAUAUGGAAACAGCGACAGCGAAGAUGACGAUUUCAAUUAUUUAUCAGAUUGA